UUGAAAAGGAGUUUUUAUCCUUGUAGCAUAUGCAAACAUAGGUUAUCGGCAAAUUUCAUUUUAUCGUCCGAAAAAGCCGGUGUUGAAGCCAGUGUUGUAAGCGUUGAAGCUCUCACUCUCACUGAAUCCAUAAGAAUCGCCGUAGGCGCCACCAUAACCACCAAAAGGCAUUCCAUAACCAAAUUGGCGUUUUAAUCGGUUGUGCGUUUGAGGCCCAACAUAAUCAUAAAGUGGUACUGCACUGAUGAAGGUUAUUACGAUGAGGAGGCAAAGAAAGGCAAAGAAUCGGCUCAUAAUUGGGAAGUUGCUGUCAUUCACUCCACCUAG